AUGUCACGCCACCAGAGUCGAGGCAUUGACCCAGAGCUGUUCGCUCCCAAUGCACAGAGUUUAGCUAGCGACAGGUAUGCUAAGGCUCCUCCCUCAGCCUGCAGCAACUACGAAUACCGAGCUACCUCGUCACAAGAACGUUAUCGCAAUGACCACGACAAUAUCUACGCCUCUGGGGAUAAUCAGGUGCAACAGGAACGUUCUGAUUAUUCAAGACUCACGAUUGAGCUGGAACACCUCAGCGGGUACACGGGCAAGGGCAAGAAUACCAUCCACGCGCAUCCUAUAGACCCGGACAGCUACAUCACCUGCAUGGGUUCCGCGGUGGUGAUUGGCAAGAUCUGCGACUCACAAAGCCAGGAACUGCUGUGUGCGCACGAGGAGGAGAUCAACGUGAUGAGUUUGUCCAGUACAGGCAUUUUCCUAGCAUCAGCACAAAUGCCUCCUCACUCCGGACGAACAGAUCGCAGUGGAGCGUUUAUUGUCAUCUGGGAUCUCGCGUCUGGACGGGAACGCUACCGACUCGAGGGUUUCUUCCGCCCCGUACUGCAAAUGGCCUUCUCGCCUGAUGACCACUUCCUUGCUGCGUCGUCCGAAGACUGCCGGGUCAUCCUCUGGGAUAUGCGAACGUCCGAGUUGGUGCUUACCAAAUCUUUCCCCACUCCAGUUACUGUUCUGACCUGGGGUAAAAUGGACGAAAAGUGCCGACGUCCUAAAUAUUCGCUCGCGUUUGCACAUUCCAGCCAACUUUUGCACGGCGAGUUAGCCUACGACAUCGCAGCCAUGCAAUAUCGUCUCGAAGUCUCCACUUAUUCAAUGCCAAACGUGGGGAUCGCUCGCACGUAUCUCUGCGCUGCAAUCACUCAAACACGCACGGACGUUCUAUCUGGAACUACAGCCGGGGAGCUGGUCGUUUUCAACACAGAGUCUCUAGUCUACCGCAACGCCGUGCCAAUUGUUAGGAACGGCGUGCACAGUGUCGCAGCUUGUGGAGAUACCGGGUAUGUGUACGUAGGCGCGGGCGAUGGCGUUCUCAAGAAGCUUGUGGGUCGUGACUCCGACUGGAACCUCGUGGGUCAAGUGCAGCUUGUCGGUGGCAUCACCAGCAUCUCAAUUAGUCCUGGAGGAGCUCAGCUCUUCGCUGGAACCUCAGCUGGUAAAAUGUAUCACGUGGUUGCCAAUACUCUCGUAAUUUCCGAGUUAGCAAGCAGUCAUUUAGGGUCAGUCACAAGUUGUGCCUUUGGUGAUUCGAGUGAAGAGUUCGCAACCAUUUCUGUCGACGGGAGUAUUCGCUUGUGGAAUUUAUCCACGUAUCAUCUCAAGUGCAUGACUACCGAGGCAGUAGCAGGCCUGUGCAUUGCCAUCACGAAGAGCUCUACACAUUCAGGACUAAUAGUCUCGGGUUGGGUCGAUGGCUGGUUACGAGCGUAUGAUGCGGCCACGGCACAGCCCAAAUGGCACAUUGCAACAGCUCAUCGAGGAGAAGUGACUGCUGUGGCUUGUAGUGCUCAAUAUAUUGUGAGUGGAGCUAGUGACGGCGGCGUGAGCAUUUGGUCUUUUGCUACUCGAGAAUUGGUCCUUCAAUUUCACGAACACAAACGCGCAGUCACCGGUGUACUCGUCGACGUCAAGUUACCACACCGCGUUCACUCUUGCGGAGUAGACAAAGCUUUGUUCAUUUACGACCUCAAAGGAGCUCGACGUAUCGUGGCGCAACAAGUUCGAGAGGGAGCUUUCCACGGUAUCACGCAGAGAGUAGACAGCGAGACGGAGAUCGUAACAGCAGGAGCGGAUGGACGACUGCUCUUCUGGGACUGCGACGAGCCUGAUCCUGUCCAGUUCAUCGUGGACUCCAGCAGACUAAAAGUUACUUGCGCGCAAGUAUCUCCGUCAGGUCGAUUCAUCGCUACGUGUGGAGAGGACUGCGAGGUCAAACUCUUCGACGUUGGGUCUUCUGCGCUGCUGGCGUCGGCGCGCGGUCAUUCGAACACUGUGAAUGCGCUGGCGUGGAGUCCGGACGAGCGCCAACUCGUGUCUGUAGGCGCAGAUUCGUGCAUUUGCGUCUGGAAUUUUUACCAAGAGGGAUAAGCAGGUCUUGAUAAACAAACUCUAUUAUGUCUCACC